AUGGCCGCUGCUGCUCAAAAGCUUUUGGGUCGCUUGGGAACUGUUGGAGUUGGACUCUCCAUUGUCGGAGGAAUCGCACAAACUGCUCUUUACAACGGUUAGAUAAUUUACAAAGUGAAUGAAGUAUCCUUAAUAGUAUUUCAGUUGACGGAGGCCAGAGAGCAGUAAUUUUCGAUCGAUUCAGUGGAGUGAAGAAUGAGGUCGUCGGAGAAGGAACGCACUUCCUCAUUCCGUGGGUUCAGAAGCCAAUCAUUUUCGACAUUCGGUCUACUCCGAGAGCCGUCUCCACCAUCACUGGAAGCAAAGGUGACUGAACGCAACGAAUAAAAUUAAACCUAACACUAGACAUUUUUAGAUUUGCAAAAUGUGAACAUCACGCUCCGUAUUCUCCACAGACCAAGUCCGGACAAGCUCCCGAACAUUUACCUGAACAUCGGUUUGGAUUACGCUGAGCGUGUCCUUCCUUCAAUUACGAACGAAGUGUUGAAGGCUGUUGUGGUAAGCAUACUCAUAAUCUAG